AUGCCGAGAGUAGCGCUUGAUUUAGAGCAGAAAUCCGACCUGUCCAUCAUCAAGUCGGAUGGCUGGCGCGUAGCGCUGGGCCUGGAGCCCGGCGAACCCAACCAGGGAUUGGUGGCAGAGAAGCUGGCCAGCGAGGCCAGAUUGCCAGACUACGACGAUUCCUCGUGGGAGAGCGGGUCCGAUUUUCAGAAACGUUAUUCGGUAGGAUUUACGUUCGCGUGGUAUCGGUUGCGUUUCAUUAUGCCUGACGCGGUAAAGGGACAGGAUGUGUCGACAUGCCGGGUAUUCUUUGAGACCAACGUGGAUAACUACGGCGAGGUUUUCGUUGACGGAAAAAUCGACCGCAACAUCGGGGUGGUGACUGGGAAUAACACGCCGAAACGUGUGCUGGUUGAAGAACCGGGCCAACCGGGCCAGGAACACGUUAUUGCGGUGCUGGUGGCCAACGCUCCGUUGGGCGAGCCAGUGGGUUCAAUAUUCAUGCGCCACGCAACACUGGCAUUUGAGUCACAGCCCCCGCGCUAA